AUGAUUCUAAUGAAGGACGCUGUGACCAACACCACGCUCCAAACCGCUGCUAAUUUUAUUGCACAUAGUGUAACUAUUGCGAAGAGGUUUGAAGAGUUACCUUCUGUAGUUGGUUCAUUUAAGGAAAGAGUUUUGAUAUUAGCAAUUGAUGAUUUUCCAGUUGCUGGUUCAAUAAGAGAAUUUAUUGAUGUAUUACUCAAUAAUGAUGUUAUUGAAUGUGUAAAAAUACUAGAAAAAUAUGAAAUUGAUUGGCCAUUCAAAGCCCCAAACACAACAGAAAAAUUAGCUCAAUUUUUGGUUGAUUAUGGAGCUGCAAAAGGCUUUAAUAAACAACAAGUAAUUGCUAAAUUAAAAAAAUAUUGUUGCUAA